UAUUAAUACAUUUAAUCAGACAUUUCAGCACAAUGCUCUUGCUGUAACACUGAGCCUGAAAGUCUUAUACAGCUCUUCUGUACUUGUACAUUCUCUGAGGAUUUCUGGAAACAGGUUUCAGGGUUGAUUUCUGAUUUAUUUUACAGCAUAAUUAAUUUUGAGGAGUGCAUGAUUCUUCUUCUGAGUUGUAAAACUGGCUAUGAUGCGCUCGAUAAUGCUCUGAAGUUGACCAUUUAGCUUGGGAAGUUUCACAGACACAAGGCAAAGUCUCUUACUCCCUCAUUUAAUUUGUUCUGUAGAGAUUUACAAAUAUUUUAUAAUUUUUGACCUCAAUUACAAGACACAAGAAAGCUUUAAAAAACUCUCUAAUAAUGAAGAAAAUUUUCUGUACAGUCUAAUCAUUUAAAUAUAUCAUAUAUGUUCUUUUCUCUUGUUUAAUGUGUGUUCUGCAUCUCUCAGUUUUGUAUGACUGUUACAUGUGUUAUGUUAUCAUAUAAUCCUGUGUGCUUGUCAGUUAUAUGCUUCAUAAUAUCUCUGAUGUUGGAAUAGGACUGAUGUUUCUCUCUCCAGUACAGCAGGUGGCGGUGUGCAGCUCUGCUCUCUGACUCAGCACACAGGCAGAAGAAGAAGCGGUGUGUGUCGUGUUUACAGUCUGUCUCGCGUCCUGCGUUUACACUGCUUCAUUUUACUCGUGAUGAGCUUCUGGAUUUGAGUGUCUCAGCUGCUGAUCUAUUCCUGCAUUCAGCUGAAUUAUGAAGGCUGAUCAAUGACUGGAGAUCUGUGAUUGUUCAUCAGUUUCUGCUGGAGAUCAAACUCUUCAGAUCCAUCAUGGAGGACACACACACACAUGAUGAUCUGGAUUUGUCUACAGGAUGCAGUUCAGUUCAUCAGAAGAGAGCAGAAGCAGAGCCCAGCUGUGUGUCUAUGAAGAGUGACGCGUCUAUGGAUCACCCAUUGUUUUUCAAGAGUGGAAACACAGGAGCUGCUGUCAGCUCACGUAAGAGGAAGAGAGCAGAAGCAGAGCCCAGCUGUGUGUCUAUGAAGAGUGACGCGUCUAUGCAUACACCAAUAAAAUUUAGGAGUGAAAACACACAACCUGCUGUCAGUGUGGAUGGAGAUGAUCAGACUGGAGACCUGCAGCAGGAUUCACUCCAACCAGAACAUGAUGAACUUCAGAGAGUCAAAGAGCAGCACAAAACCAGCAUGAAGAACAAGUAUGAGAGAUUAUUUGAGGGAAUCAACCAUGGAGAGACUCAAACCCUCCUGAACAGCAUCUACACACAGCUCUACAUCAUAGAAGGAGAGAGUGAAGGAGUGAAUGAAGAACAUGAGGUUUUACAGAUGGAGAAAAGAGGCAGAACAAAACCCUCACAACACACUCCAGUCUACUGCAAUGACAUCUUUAAAGCCUCAGCUGGAGCAGGACAUGAGGAGAAGAUCAAGAAGGAGAAAGCCCAGAUCAAGACUGUUCUCACUAAAGGCAUCGCUGGAAUCGGGAAAACCGUCUCUGUGCAGAAGUUCAUUCUGGAUUGGGCCGAGGGAAAAGACCAUCAGGAUGUAGAUUUCAUGUUUGUGCUUCCAUUUCGAGAGCUGAACUUGAUCAGAGAUCAUCAGUACAGUCUUCACAGACUUCUGCUGGACUUUCAUCCUGAACUUGAAGAUCUGGAGCCCAAGAUUUAUGAGCAGUGUAGAGUUGUGUUCAUCUUUGAUGGUCUGGAUGAAAGCAGAAUCACACUCAACUUUUCAGAUGAGGAGAAAGUUUGUGCUGUGACUGAAUCUUCAUCAGUGGCUGUGUUGAUGCGGAGCCUCCUGAAAGGAGAUCUGCUUCCCUCUGCUCUCAUCUGGAUCACCUCCAGACCAGCAGCGGCCCAUCAGAUCCCCUCCAGAUACAUCAAGCGUCUGACAGAGAUUCAGGGAUUCACUGAGCCUCAGAAGGAGGAAUAUUUCAGGAAGAGAAUCAGCGACGAGCAUCAAGCCAGCAGAAUCAUCUCCCACAUCAGAAGAGCAAGAAGCCUCCAGAUCAUGUGCCACAUACCCGUCUUCUGCUGGAUCUCCUCCACUGUGCUUCAGAAGCUCCUGGAAGAAGAUGUGAGUGCAGAAAUCCCUCAAACUCUGACUGAGAUGUACAUCCACUUCCUGCUGAUUCAGAUCAACAUGAGGAAGCAGAAGUAUGAAGAGAGAGAUCCAGAGAAACUCCUGCAGUCCAACAGAGGAGUGAUCCUCAAACUUGCUGAAGUGGCUUUCAGACAGCUGAUGAAGGGCAAUGUGAUGUUCUAUGAGGAGGACCUGAUUGAGAGCGGCAUAGACGUCACUGACGCCUCGGUGUAUUCUGGGAUCUGCACUGAGAUCUUCAAGGAGGAAUCUGUGAUUCAUCAGAGGAAAGUCUACAGCUUCAUCCAUCUCAGCUUUCAGGAGUUUCUGGCUGCUUUCUUUGUGCUUUACUGCCAUUUAACAGAGAACAGAGAACCGCUGAAGUUAAUUUUAGAAUAUUCAGAUGAUCAAUAUCUACAGUCCAGCUCUGAGAAGUCUCUGUAUGAUCUGCUCAGUUCAGCAGUAGAUAAAGCUGUCAGGAGUAGUAAUGGUCAUCUGGAUCUGUUCCUGCGGUUUCUGCUGGGCGUCUCACUGGAGUCCAAUCAGAGACUCUUCCAGGAUCUGCUGCCACACACAGAGGAGAGCUCAGAGAGCAUCAGAGAAAUCACACAGUACAUUAAAUACCAGAUCAAGACAGAUAAACGUCUCUCAGCUGAAAGAUCCAUCAAUCUGUUCCUCUGUCUGCUGGAGGUGAAAGAUCAGACUCUGGCCAGAGAGAUUCAGGACUUUGUGAAAUCAGACAAACACUCAGAGAAGAAACUCUCUCCUGCUCACUGCUCAACAAUCUCCUACAUGAUUGAGAUGUCAGAGGAGCCGCUGGAUGAGUUAGACUUUAAUAAAUUCAACACAUCAGCUGAGGGAAGACGGAGACUGACAGCAGCUGUGAGAAACUGCAGAAGAGCUCUGUGA